GAAGUGAAAGAGUGAAAGAGCUCAGAUUGUGUUCCUGCUGCACAAGAGCGUCUGUACUUCUGCAUCUGCAGUAUGGCAGAGGAGCGAGUAAAGGACUCUCUCUCAGAGAAACACAGUGUGAGAUCAGGAUCAUGUGUGUCCAGCGCUGUGUCUCUGAAGAGUGACCGGUCAAUGGGUCCUCCACCAAACCUAAGUGAGAAAUCACCAUCACCUGCCCAAAGGUAUUUAGUGUUGUACAUUAUUGCCCACACUUGAACUGUAUUUCAGUAUUCAUCAGGACAUUUUUAUUAUACUUAAUAUGUUAUACAGAGUCUCUUUAAUAAAUUGUGUUCUAUAAUGUUGGCUAUCUUGGAUGUCUCCCUUUUUUACAUAAUUUCCGAGCCAUAAGGUAUAACCAUGGGGUCUACUCAUUGAUUGUUUGUGUUGUUGUUGUUCCUGCAGUGUGUAUAGAGAUGAUCAGACUGGAGACCUGCAGCAGGAUUCACUCCAACCAGAACAUGAUGAACUUCAGAGAGUCAAAGAGCAGCACAAAACCAGCAUGAAGAACAAGUAUGAGAGAUUAUUUGAGGGAGUCAACCAUGGAGACACUCAAACCCUCCUGAACAGGAUCUACACACAGCUCUACAUCAUAGAAGGAGAGAGUGAAGGAGUGAAUGAAGAACAUGAGGUUUUACAGAUGGAGAAAAGAGCCAGAACAAAACCCUCACAACACACUCCAGUCUACUGCAAUGACAUCUUUAAAGCCUCAGCUGGAGCAGGACAUGAGGAGAAGAUCAAGCAGGAGAAAGCCCAGAUCAAGACUGUUCUCACUAAAGGCAUCGCUGGAAUCGGGAAAACCGUCUCUGUGCAGAAGUUCAUUCUGGACUGGGCCGAGGGAAAAGCCAACCAGGAUGUAGAUUUCAUGUUUGUGCUUCCAUUUCGAGAGCUGAACUUGAUCAGAGAUCAUCAGUACAGUCUUCACAGACUUCUGCUGGACUUUCAUCCUGAACUUGAAGAUCUGGAGCCCAAGAUUUAUGAGCAGUGUAGAGUUGUGUUCAUCUUUGAUGGUCUGGAUGAAAGCAGAAUCACGCUGAACUUUUCAGAUGAGGAGAAAGUUUGUGCUGUGACUGAAUCUUCAUCAGAUGAGAAGAAAGUUUGUGCUGUGACUGAAUCUUCAUCAGUGGCUGUGUUGAUGUGGAGCCUCCUGAAAGGAGAUCUGCUUCCCUCUGCUCUCAUCUGGAUCACCUCCAGACCAGCAGCAGCCCAUCAGAUCCCCUCCAGAUACAUCAACCGUCUGACAGAAAUUCAGGGAUUCACUGAGCCUCAGAAGGAGGAAUAUUUCAGGAAGAGAAUCAGCGACGAGCAUCAAGACAGCAGAAUCAUCUCCCACAUCAGAAGAGCAAGAAGCCUCCAGAUCAUGUGCCACAUACCCGUCUUCUGCUGGAUCUCCUCCACUGUGCUUCAGAAGCUCCUGGAAGAAGAUGUGAGUGCAGAAAUCCCUCAAACUCUGACUGAGAUGUACAUCCACUUCCUGCUGAUUCAGAUCAACAUGAGGAAGCAGAAGUAUGAAGAGAGAGAUCCAGAGAAACUCCGGCAGGCCAACAGAGGAGUGAUCCUCAAACUUGCUGAAGUGGCUUUCAGACAGCUGAUGAAGGGCAAUGUGAUGUUCUAUGAGGAGGACCUGAUUGAGAGUGGCAUAGACGUCACUGAUGCCUCGGUGUAUUCUGGGAUCUGCACUGAGAUCUUCAAGGAGGAAUCUGUGAUUCAUCAGAGGAAAGUCUACAGCUUCAUCCAUCUCAGCUUUCAGGAGUUUCUGGCUGCUUUCUUUGUGUUUUGCUGCCAUUUAACAGAGAACAGAGAACCGCUGAGGGGGAUUUAUGACAGUGAAUAUUCAUAUGAUCAAUAUCUACAGUCCAGCUCUGAGAAGUCUCUGUAUAAUCUGCUCAGUUCAGCAGUAGAUAAAGCUGUCAGGAGUAGUAAUGGUCAUCUGGAUCUGUUCCUGCGGUUCCUGCUGGGCGUCUCACUGGAGUCCAAUCAGAGACUCUUCCAGGAUCUGCUGACACACACAGAGGAGAGCUCAGAGAACAUCAGAGAAAUCACACAGUACAUUAAAGACAAGAUCAAGACAGAUGAUGAACUCUCAGGUAAAAGACCCAUCAGACUGUUUCAGAAGACGAAAAAUCUCUCAGCUGAAAGAUCCAUCAAUCUGUUCCUCUGUCUGCUGGAGGUGAAAGAUCAGACUCUGGCCAGAGAGAUUCAGGAGUUUGUGAAAUCAGACAAACACUCAGAGGAGGAACUCUCUCCUGCUCACUGCUCAACAAUCUCCUACAUGAUUGAGAUGUCAGAGGAGCCGCUGGAUGAGUUAGACUUUAAUAAAUUCAACACAUCAGCUGAGGGAAGACGGAGACUGACAGCAGCUGUGAGAAACUGCAGAAGAGCUCUGUGA